CAGCAGAAAACCAGCCAUCAUGUUCAACCAGGGCAUAACCCAGAGGAGCUACAGCUACAGAACCAGCUCUGCUCCCCACAAGGCUCACAGCGUAUCCGGCCUCAGCUUCAUGGGAGGCCCCCGCAUCGCCGCCUCCACCGCCCGCGUCGUCUCCUCCGGGUAUGGAGGCAGCAGCGGCUUCGACCUGUCCAACGCCCUGGACCAGAGCAGCGUUCACCUGAACGAGAAGGCCACCAUGCAGAACCUGAACGACCGCCUGGCCUCCUACCUGGAGAAGGUGCGCUCGCUGGAGGCUGCCAACGCCAAGCUGGAGAAGCAGAUCAGGGAGUACUACGAGCAGAAGGGCCCGGCAGCUGAGAGGGACUACAGCAACUACUGGGCCAUUAUCAACGACUUGAAAGACAAGAUCAACGGCGCCACCAUUGACAACGCCAACAUCCUGCUGCAGAUCGAUAACUCCAAACUGGCUGCUGAUGACUUCAAAACCAAGUUCGAGCAUGAGCUGAUGAUGCGCCAGUCCGUCGAGGCCGACAUCGCCAACCUCCGCCGCCUCCUGGACCAGACCACCCUGACGAAGGCCGACCUGGAGUUGCAGAUCGAAGGCCUGCAAGACGAGCUGGCCUACCUGAAGAAGAACCACGCAGAGGAACUGGCAGCAAUGCGCUCUCAGCUCACCGGCACGGUCAACGUGGAGGUGGAUGCUGCGCCUCAGCAAGACCUGAACAAAGUCUUGGAGGAGAUCCGCGCCCAGUACGAAGCCAUCAGCGACAAACAUCGCAGAGAACAGGAGGUGUGGUUUAAUGAGAAGUCGGCGACUCUGUCAAAGGAGGUGGCCAUCAGCACAGAAUCAAUCCAGACGUCCAAGACGGAGAUCAACGACCUACGUCGCACACUCCAGGGCCUGGAAAUCGAGCUGCAGUCUCAGCUCAGCAUGAAAGGGGCUCUGGAGAACACGUUAGGAGAGACAGAGGCCCGUUACAGCGCCAUGCUCGCCGGCUACCAGAGCCAAAUCAACAUGCUUGAAGGUGAGCUGAGCAACAUGCGAGCCAGCAUAGAGCAGCAGGGUCAGGAGUACAAGAUGCUGCUGGAUGUCAAGACGAGGCUGGAGAAUGAAAUUGCGACCUACAGAAGCCUGCUGGAGAAAGAGGAGUCCAGAUAAACUCAGGCCAACUGGCACGGGAGGCACAAAGACCACAGCCUGAACCGCCACCGUGCAAACCUCCAGCUAGAAAGCCUGACCUGCAGGACAAGCUUUUCUCAGACACACACAUUUACUCCAACUAAUAAAAGCUAUUACACGAGACGAGAGAAACUGUGCAGAAAAAAAAAUGUUGAAACGAAACCUGUCUAAAUGUUUGUAAUCCAACUCCUCUAAAGCAGAGGUGCAGUACUGGCUGUGUGUGUUUGUGUGAGAGCUGUCUGAAAAAUAAAUCUGCUGGAGACCAUAA